AUGUGGAUCUACGCGGGGAAGUCCUUCAUGGUCCGCGCCGUGGUUCGUGUUGGUUUUUCAUUUGACUUUGUGCAGACGAGGACGUGCCAUAACUACUGUAUUCAUGCUGCGAGUAAGACCUGGACCAAACCUGAGGGCUACGACACUGGAAUCAAGGUCUACAACAGUCUCACCAAGAAAAAAGAGCCGCUCAUUCUGGCCAAGGAGAAGACAGCCACCUGGUACAGCUGUGGUCCUACUGUCUAUGAUCACGCACACCUGGGCCAUGCGUGUUCUUACGUGAGGUUCGACAUUCUCCAGAGGAUUCUGACCCGGAUGUUUGGGAUCACCGUCGUUCACGCCAUGGUCAUCACCGACAUAGACAACAAAAUUAUCAAAAGAAGUUUGGAGGAAAAGGUGUCUCCGUCUGUUCUCACAGGAAUGUUUGAGGAAGAGUUCAAGAAGGACAUGCUCCGGUUAAAGGUGACUCCUCCGGUUGUGUACCUCCGAGUCACCGAGAACGUCCAGAACAUUGUGGCAUUUAUCGAGCAGAUCAUCAGAAAUGGACACGCCUACGCAACGAGUGACGGAGAUGUGUAUUUCGACCUUGGCUCCAUCGGAGAGCGAUACGGGAGGUUUGUUGGCGCGAUCCCGUCUCAAGAAGCAGGGAGCUCAUACAAACGCAACCCUAAAGAUUUUGCUCUAUGGAAGAAGUCCAAGGCCCAGGAGCCGUGUUGGGACUCUCCGUGGGGCCGAGGGAGGCCGGGCUGGCACAUCGAGUGCUCCACCGUGGCCAGCUCAGUGUUUGGCAGCCAGCUGGACAUCCACUCCGGAGGCAUCGACCUGGCCUUUCCUCACCACGAGAACGAGAUCGCUCAGAGUGAGGCCUACCAUCAGUGCGGACAGUGGUGCAACUACUUCCUCCAUUCAGGUCAUUUACACUUGAAAGGCCGAGCAGAGAAGAUGUCCAAGUCUCUGAAGAAUUACAUCACUAUAAAAGACUUCCUCCAGUCUUACUCUGCCAGCGAGUUCAGGAUGUUUUGCCUCCUGACAAAAUACAGAUCAGGCAUCGACUACAGCUCGGGCAGCAUGCAGGAGGCCCGGGCGUCGCUGGAGACCGUGUCCUCCUUCAUAAACAGCGCUCAGGCCUACAUGAAGGGCCAGCUGACCACCGCACCCAUACAGGAGGCUGUUCUCUGGGAAAAGCUGCAGCAGACCAAAGUCUCUGUGACCUCUGCUCUCUCUGAUGACUUCGACACGCCCAGAGCCUGCAGCGCUCUGCUCAGCCUGGUCCAUCACGGCAACUGCCAACUCCAGCCCGUCGCCGCGGUGACAAGCCCGGCCCAUUACGGCAACUGCCAACUCCAGCCCGUCGCCACGAGUCCUGCAGCGCCCCCUGGCUGUGCAGUGGUGGGGGCUGUGGUGAGCUACAUCCAGCAGCUCUUUGACCUGUUUGGGAUGGACACGUUGAAGAGCACGGAGGCAGCGGCCGGCGAGAGCGAGCAGACGGUGGCGGCCGUAGCAGAGCGGCUGACACGGUUCAGGAGUGAGGUGCGGGCGUUCGCUCUGAGGCCGCAGGAGAGCAGCGGUGAAGGGGGUAAAGCGGGUCUUCACCCCGACAGAGUGCCCCUGCUGAAGGCCUGCGACACGCUGCGGGAUCAGCUGGCUGCUCUCGGGCUGGUUAUUAAGGACAGAGGAGCCUCGUCCACCUGGGAGAUCACCCAGAGAGGACUGAAGCCCCCCGAGGAAAACCAGUCUGAAUGA